AUGGGCCCAAAUUUACGCGACACUAAUGGAAACUGUUCCAUACACAGUGCACUCAAGGUCAUCAAUACAGCUCUCUGGGGUGUACCCGCACCGGCGGACGCAAAUGAGACACACGCAACAACGUGGGUCGCUAAAGCUAUCCACGACUACAAUGUGUCAAUGGCCUGGGACGAUGACCUCUUCAUUGACUACAAAUGGGACUUUGAAGGAUGGACGAAGGAGCUAUUUAGCAAGGUUGAGCGUGGUACACUAAGGUCUCUUAAGAGUGUGCUACGACACCGGGGAGUAUACACUGGCAACAAUCACGCCAGGGUGGCGGACUCUCUCUACAACAUUCUAGGUAUAGAGAAUACUCUUGAAUGGGAACCAGCAGAGUUUCGAGCCAUGAAAUUCGACCAACAGUCCGAAGCGUACCAGCGCCAGCAGAGCAAUAAACGCCAACAGGACACUCAGCACACAGUCUAUCCAGCUGUACAACAACCACCGCAAGUACAACAACCGCCGCAAUUACAACAACCGCCGCAAUUACAACAGCCACCGCAAGUACCACAGCCGUCGCAAUUACAACGACCGUCGCAGGGCGAGCAACAAGAGCAGUAUAGAGUGAGACAAGGCGUCCAGAGCCGUUCCCAAACAAUAGAGCCACAACAGCCGCUACACAUGAGCGGUACGCUAGAAGGGCCUCAGCAUCGACAACUGUGGGAGCAGGCCGCGCAGCCGCAACAAGGGCGUGCGCAACUACAGACACGGCCGCCAGCGACUGCAUAUCGCGAAGUCACGCCAUUUCCGCAACAGCCAACGAACCGCGUCCCUAACAGACCACCCGAACUACCAUACGACCCGUACAAGACGCUACCGCCGCGAUGGUCCCGCAACGAUCGACUCGACGCUAAUACGAUCACGCAGUUCUCUAAGCUAUGGGACAAUAGCAACAAGUAUACAGGGAAUGCGUACGAUCUCCUAGACGAUAAGAUCAAGAUCUUCUUCAGCAUCUGCUGGCAGGUAGAUAUCCAAGAAGAGCAGUUUCACGCAGUGUUUCCCCGUAUCCUUACCGGACGUGCAGAGACAUUCUACAUACAGGUUGUAGAGAGAGAUGACAGCUUUGCUGAUGCGUACAUGGCAAUCAAAAACCACUUCGACCAUGACGUCCAUCACCAGCACUACUACACAGACUGGACGACUACAACCUUCGCUCGCACCCGCACAGAGAACCCCGACAAGGGACUACACGAGGUUCUGCAGAUCCUGCUUGACAAGCUGCAGCUAUGCCAGCGUGCCCUUGGCAAGAACUUUGAGGGCGAGGAUGCCCUACGUACCACUGUCAUCAAUGCCUGCCGAGGAGUACCAGAGCUUGAGAUGGCACUGUUCAAACCAGCCACAAUCUGUGAAGGACUCUUCUCAGACCUACGUUCUGCAGUUGAGACACACCUUGCACGGCAACACACUACCCAGAUGGUCACAGAGGACCAAUACUACUUAGAUCGCCGAUACAACGGCAAUGGAAGAAUCCGAGGUAGAUCUCGAGGUGGAGGAGGAUUCAGAGGCGGAUCUAGAGGAGCAUAUCGAGGAGGCGAGCAGCGCGACGACAACGGACGAGGAUUUAAGCCUCGCUGGAGGAAGAAAUGCUUUGUUUGCCAGAAGGAAGGAUGCUGGUCUACCAACCACACAGACGAAGAGCGCAAGGCUGCCCGUACACAGUUCUUCUCUACGCUAUACUUUACAGGUACACAGCCCCCCAAGGACUUCUCCGUACAUCUUGCAGAAUACGAAGGGAUCGAGCACACUAGCCAGUACAAUCAGAGAGGAUGGAGAGAGGAGGAAGACUGCGAGGAUGACGACGAUGACGACGUCGCGGAAGCAUACCUUGAACAGCAGUUUUUCACGGAGCAAUGCCUUGCAGAUCAGGCGUUCUUGCACCACAUCUCUGGCGACGACGUAUACCGCCAAGACGCGCCAUCAGCGCCAGCGUCACAGUUCCUGCUUGAAGACCGCUACACAAGAUCUGUGUACCAAGGGAUCCUACCGGAUACAGGCGCUGCCAACGUAUCCACAGUUGGCAAGGAGCAGUACCUUGCACUCACAAGGGAAGAUCCUACAGUUAGGAUGGAUACGUCUACAGCAGGAAAGGCAUCUAUCAAAUUCGGCAAGGGCGAGGCUACAUCAUCUAUUGGCACUGCACAGGUCUCUACAGACAUUGGGACGAUCAACUUUGAGGUGCUUGACGCACCUACACCAUUCUUAUUGUGCCUUGCAGACAUGGACAGGUUAAAGGUCUACUUUAACAACACCACAGAUGAGCUAGUCCAGGGUGACGUACACAUCCCUGUAAUUCGCAAAUGGGGACAUCCUUGGUUCCAUCUGAACAAAAGAGAGAGAGCAACUGUGUUCCUGACAGAGACAGA